UUAACUGUGUUACCAAGGAGGCGAGAGCAACGACAGGGAGAGGACGGAUAGGAAAAGCCUCUGCUUGCUCGCUGUAUCGACUUCAUUUGAGAGGCUUUUCCCCCUCGUGUGGUUUAUCCACCUCGAUUCAGUUUAGUGGCGACCGGCUGCACUCAGGAUUAGACUCUCCUCUGCCACCGGGCGGCGCUAUUGGGACCAAUGUCAUGGCCGUGGAUCUUUUCGUCUCCAAGCCCACCUCGAAUGCACGCAGCUCCAUGAUAGAUAUCGCUCCGGCUGCGACGUAGCCGCGGAGUGGGAGGGACUGCCCAUCUUCCAGCAUUUCCAUUGGUUUUACAGUCCGCACGGUGGAGAGGGGGGUGCCUCUAAUCAUAUCCAGCAUGUUUUGCACAAGAAAUGUCAGCCAGAAAGGGCUAUCUUCUCCCCUCGCCAAAAUACACCACAAUAAUGUCAUGUUCGGACACCCCGUCAGGAAAUGCGUUUUUAGUGGAUUCUCUGAUCAGUGGUCGCACCGAGAGCGGCGGAGGUCACUACACUGGGAGCGCGGUGUGCGUGCCCCAUAGCACCGCUACAGAAGUGCCUUACGGACUACACAACUAUGGAUACUUCCCAGGUAUGGGUAAGCGGAACGAAGUGGGUCCCCAGAACAUGGUGUCCGCCUCAGGCGCGUACAUGUCCAGCAUGGAGAUGUGGAUGGACGCGCAGAGGUCAUGUCGAAUGGACCAAGAGCACCCAGUGGGUCCCCAGGUCGCGCCCUGUUCGUUCCCGCAGAACAUUAAGGAAGAGAGCACUUACUGCCUGUAUGAGCAGCCGAAGUGCCCUAAAGCCUCCACCGCCGAAGAUCUUACAUAUUCGAGGUUAACGACAACCGGCCUGGGCUCGAGUUCUUGUACAGUUACCGAUGGCGGCGGCGGCGGGGGCUCAGUGCCUGUGCCGGGCUACUUCCGCUUGUCUCAGACGCACGCACAUUCUCAUAAACUUUACAACACCAACGGCCCCCAGCCGAACCCUUCCCAUUCUCAUUUUGGCCUACACCCCACUGCUCCUGCUCGCUUCCACACGCCACCAACCUCGACUUCUACUCCAGCCACGGCGCAGGAAGGGAGGAACACCGAGGAGCCCGUGACUUCGGGAAACGCAGACCUGCAGCCUCACGCUGCUCCGGGGACCGAGGAGGCACGCGAGUCCUCGGAUGCAGAAGUCUCUUCAGCCGACGAGACGGAAGAACAUGACAAAGAGAGACCAGCAAAAGCCACUAAAGGAGACACAAAAAGUGAAAACACGGCCAACUGGCUGACAGCAAAAAGCGGUCGCAAGAAACGCUGUCCAUACACCAAACAUCAGACACUGGAGCUGGAGAAGGAGUUCCUCUUCAACAUGUACCUGACCCGAGAGCGCCGCCUAGAGAUCAGUAAAAGCGUCCACCUGACGGACAGACAGGUUAAAAUCUGGUUCCAGAACCGCAGGAUGAAACUGAAGAAAAUGACGCGGGAAAACAGGAUCCGGGAGCUCACCUCCAACUACGGAUUUUCAUGAUGAACGAGGUGAUCACAUUGAAAUAGAAGAAAUUUUGGCGAAAUCAAAGACGCCCUAUCUUCCUCACCACUUUGUCCACAUAAUGACUUAUUUCACUGUGGGGUAUAACUUUCUUUUAUUUCCAGACUAAGCUUUAAAGUCAAUGCAUCGUCCUCUGUGAGCUACUGAGAAAAUAAAAGGAAAAAAAUAGAAUGUUAUUGGCUCUAUUUGAUUGUUUUCUGAUGUCGUGUUUCUGUAUUGUCGACCUGUUUCUGUCACUUCUGUCGUAUGGUUGGAUAGUGUCAGUGGAGUUAAAUUAACACAGUUUCAAAAAACACAUUGUGUCCUGGAAGGUGGCUUCAAUUGUCCAAUUAUCCCCCCCACCACUAGCAAAUAAUCUUUUUUUUACAAAUUUAUUCAAACAAAUAUGAAUUUACUUUAUUUUAAUUGGAACUGCAUGGUUUAAAGAUUUUCUUUUAGCAAUUUUAACCCACCGUGGAAUAUAAUGCCCAUAUAUCACCAGGGGAAGAAUAAUUCACCUAUGACCAUUAGAUGUAGUCUACCAUGAUAUAGGCCUCUUCUAUGUAUGAGCUAAAUGUAUAAAUUGAAUCUUUAUUCACAUUGAGGACGUUUACGCGAAAACGGUGCGCAAAGUGAAGGAGGAAUGUUUUUAUUGUAUAUUUCUGUGUACAUAUGACAUUGUGUUUUUGUGUAAUGCUUAAUAAAUUAUCAGCUCGCA